AAUAAGAUUUGUUGCAAUGAAUAUUUAAUAACAUUUUUUCAGAAGGAAUUGAGUAAUUUAGAAAAAGAAUGUUUAUUGUUACGCGAAGAACUUUGUUCGAAAGAUCAUCUAUUGCAAAAUGAACAAAAAAUAUCGAAUGAAUUAAAAGUUCGUUUAAAAUUGGCAUCAGAAACGAUUGUUCGAUUGGAGGAGGAAAACAUGCAUAAUAAAAUUGAUUAUUCGAAUUUGUCAAUGAAUUAUGAAACCUUGCUUAAAGAGAGUGAUGUUUUAACAAAAGAAGCUGUAUCCUGCCAAACAGAAGCCGCGAAAGUGAAAUUAAAAAUCACGAGUUUGGAAAAUAUAUUACGAAAUAUUGCCAAGAUCGCAAAAGAACAGCAAUAUUUAUUAGAAAGUAGCAAAGCUGCAAUUCAAUUGAACAGACGAUUGCAAACUUUUGGUCUCUGUUCUCAUGCAAUGAAUAAAAGAAACAAAGCAAAUAUAAGAGAAUUACAACAUAAACUAACUGCUCUUUCUGUUAACGAAUUCAAUAAAUUAUCCAAUAAUAGUCUGAAAGAAAUGUUAACAAACUUCGAAACAAAAAUGCAAGAUCCUGUACCAUUUGAAGAAAAAUUGGACAGAAUCUUCAACGAGCUGUCCACAAAUUUGAUAUAA